AUGAAAAUAGUUCUAAUAGCAUUACUAAUUGGCUUAGUAUUUUCUUAAAAUUAAGAAUUAAGUGAAAUAUAAGAGAAUCCAAUACCAACAUUAGUUUAUGAAACAACAAAUGAAGAAUCAUAAUAAAUCCAAUAACAUUAAUAAUUAUAAGGAUAUAUAGAUAUAGAUGGUCAUUUUGUAUCAAACUAAGUUGAGAAUACUUAAAAUAUAAUAUCUGAAACUGUUGGCUAAACAAACAAAGAAUAAAAUAAAAAUAGCUAAAUGAAUAUAAGCGAUAAUUCUAACAAUUUGUAAGCUACAACAUUAGAAGAAUAAUAAUAAUAAUUAGUUUCAACUAAAGCAGAAUUAGAUCCAAUAUUAGAUAUGGAAAAUUCCAUUCCUUAUGAAUUCCCUGAAGAUACAUAGGUUUAAGAAGAAUAGAAAGAUUAAAAUGAUGAUAAUCAUUAUUUGUCUGCUAGUUUAGAAUUGUAAUAACUAAUUAUUAAAAUUUAGACCAAUUCGAAAUGAAAACCAAGUUUAUGAUUCAUUAGGAAAUUAAAUAGAUUCAUAUGAUGGUAUGAGAACAUACUUGUAAUUAAUUUCAUAAAUAUAGAGCUCUAGAUACAGCAGAAUAAGAUGAUAAUUAAGCAAACAUAAAUCUAUAAGCUAAAUAAGAAGAUUGUAUUGUGAUUUAUUCAAAAUGUGAUUUCUAAGGAGAUAGUUUACCUAUAUGUGAGUCUUUGAAGGAAGUUGAGUAUAAUUAAGCGAAAUUUUAGGGAUUUUUAAUAUGAUAUAAAGUCCAUUUAUUUGCCUGAGGGAUACUAAAUGACAAUCUAUUCAGAAGAGAACUAUUAAGGAUAAUAAGUUACAUAUUAAGAGAGUCAAAAGUGUUUAACUUAAGCAAUAUCACUUGCCUAAAUUAUAGGAAGACAGACAUUAUAAAAUAAAAAUAAAAAUCAAGAUCAAAAUCAAAGUAUUUUAACAUCAAAUCUAAGGAAUAGAUAAUAAUGA